GUUAUUUUCUCAAAUACUUUCAAGUGAAAGAAAAAAUAACAUUUCAAAAUGUCGUACCGCGAUUUACGAAAUUUCACUGAAAUGAUGCGUUCUCUUGGAUACCCAAGACUUAUUUCGAUGGAGAAUUUUCGUUCCCCGAAUUUUCCUCUAGUGGCAGAAGUUUUGAUAUGGCUCGUAAAAAGGUACGAUCCAAAUGCAGAGCUACCGAUGGACGUGGAUACUGAGCAAGACAGAGUGCUGUUUAUUAAGGCUGUUGCACAGUUCAUGGCAACUAAAGCACACAUAAAGCUGAACACCAAGAAGCUUUAUGGUGCAGAUGGGUAUGCCGUGAAGGAGCUACUCAAGGUGACCUCAGUACUUUACAACGCAAUGAAAACCAACCAAUCUGAAGAGGACGCAGAGUCUGCUAAUGUUACUUCCUUGACUUUUGAUAUAUCAUCAAGGAUUAAUGACUUAAAGGCAUCACGUCAGCUUGCUUCAGAGAUCACAUCAAGAGGAGCUGCCCUCUAUGAUUUACUUGGACAAGAAGUUGAACUAAGGGAACUGAGAACACGAGCAAUAGCUAAACCACUUGAAGUCAAUGAAUUGGAGAAUGGUAUUAAGAAGAGUAUGCUACGAGUUCAGGAAGAAAUCAAGAAAACUACUCAGAUGCUAAACAACAUUGCAUCAGACGAAGCAAAUUUGGAAACAAAGAUUGAAAAGAAGAAACAAGAGUUAGAGAGGAACCAGAAAAGAUUACGAAGCUUGGAAAGUGUCAGGCCAGCAUUUAUGGAUGAAUAUGAAAAACUGGAAGAAGACCUCAAGAAAGUAUAUGAGACUUACAUGGAGAAACACAGAAACCUAUCGUAUUUAGAGCAGUUACUGGAUGAUGUCAACAGAGCAGAGCAAGACAAAUUUGAGGAGACAGAAGCCAAGACACUACAAGAUCGACUCCAAGAAGAAGACAGAAGAAUCUCUACCAGAAAUGAAUUGGGAGGUGAUAUCGACGAGGAUGAAGAAGAGAUGGUCCUGGAGGCUGGAAACAAACAAAUGCCUGCAAGGCCUGGGGAGGGACCUCGUGUAUUUGGAGGAAUGAAUGCUGCAGGCAUAGAAUCAGAUGAGGAUGAGAGUGGUUCACUUUCUUCAGGGGACAGCGAGAUUGGUGUUGAUGAAGAUGACGAUGAUCUACUUGAUGACGAUGAAAUAGGCAAUGAUAAUGAAGAGGAAGGGGGUGAAUCACAAGGCAGUUUAAACGACAGUGAUAACGACUUCUAGGCAAUCCAAAUUUGUUACAUAAAAUUUCUAUCUGUAUAUAUGAUGUAUUAUAUCUUGUAGAUGUGUUAGUGACCUGGCCGUUGCCUUGGCAAUAACGCUUUGUGAAACCACAAAAUCCUCUCUUUGGCCAGUCAAGGAAUUUCUAGCAUGGCUUGAAAUGAAACGAUUUUUAAUAGCAGUUGUACUGUAUUAAACAAUAACUCGUUUCUACGCUUCGCGUAUCCACGAGUUACAAAGCAUAGUUUAGUAAAAAUACUUUGAAAUACUUUGACGUUGUUGUUGGAUUGAUCAAAAUCUUUCCAAAUUAUUGUCAAAAUGUCCAGUACUAGCACAGCGACCUAAACAGAAAAGUGUGACUGCUCUGGUGGGAAACUGAACUGAUUACGUUAUUUAAUGUAUGUUAUGAAGAUGAAGAGCCACCUAUGUGGAUAUGCUGUAAUAAAGCCGUUAUUAUUAUUAUUAUUAAAACUUCUAACAUUAAGUUUAUGAUUUAGACAAUGGCCUAUACUAAAAUCAUUGUAUUCUUCAUAUGUAUGCCAUGUCAUCACCACCAUAUUGAUGGGAUCGAACUAAAGUUUUUUCGUAAAUUGUCUCACUUUCCGAUUGGUUGAGAGCUGUAGCAAAUAAGAAGACAUUUUAUGUCAAUAAAAUUAUGAAUCACUCGCACACAGCGCCAGUGUGAGCUUGAAACCA